AAUAGUAAAAUAUUAAUAAAAUGAUAAUUGGCAGAAAAGAAAAAAAAGGAAAAAAAACAAAAAUCUGAAAAUCCAAAAGUAAUGGAACCAAACGAAAGUGGACUAAGCCCUUACUACCACCCCCACCACCACUCUUCCCAGCCCCAACACGCAUCUCCGGCCACCGCAACUAACAAUGGUAUUCUACCCAACUCGCCUCGCAUGGUGUACCCUCACUCUGUCCCACCGCCGCCGGUUUCUUCGGCGCUGGAGACUGUGAGGAGGAAGCGUGGCAGGCCCAGAAAGUAUGGCACGCCGGAGCAAGCUGCGGCGGCGAAGAGGAUGUCGUCGGCGGCGUCCACGGCGGUCAAGAAAGAUGCGGCGGUGAUGGGUGGUGCUGGGUCUUCGUCUGGGAAGAAAGCUCAGUUGGGGUCUCUUGGCGGCGCAGGGCAGGGUUUCAUACCUCAUAUUAUUACUGUGGCUGCUGGAGAAGAUGUGGGACAAAAGAUAAUGUUUUUCAUGCAGCAAAGCAAGCGUGACCUAUGUAUUCUUUCAGCAUCUGGUUCAAUCUCUAAUGCAUCCUUACGCCAGGCAGCCACAUUUGGAGGUAGCAUCACAUAUGAGGGACGCUUUGACAUAAUUUCACUUUCCGGAUCUUAUAUACGUAAUGAGCUGGGAGGAAGAAGCGGUGGGCUCAGUGUAUGCUUGUCCAGUACGGAUGGCCAAAUUAUUGGAGGUGGAGUUGCUGGACCGCUGACAGCUGCAGGCCCAAUUCAGGUGAUUGUUGGCGCAUUUCUGAUGGAUACUAAAAAAGAUAUAGUAGGUGAUGUAAAAACCGACAGUUCUGGAAACAAGUCCCCAUCACCAAUUGGCGGGAUAUCAGUUUCAAAUGCUGGCUUUCCGGCGACAGUUGAUUCUUCUGUAAAUCAAUACAUGAUUCAACCUAGAAGCAUGCAGAUGACACCUCCACAUACAAAUGAGUGGACCGGCACUGAUACAAGAAACAGUGCAAGUUAUGACUUUUCUGGAAGAAUGGGACCUGUAGAGAACCACUCUCCAGAAAAUGGCGAUUAUGACCAUAUACCGAAUAGAGACUAGCUUUGUCAUAUUCAAGAUGCUGACUGGUUUUUAAAAGAGAAAAUAGAUUCGUCGACUCUCUAUACACUGCAUUGUACAGCUCAUGAACAGUCACCCCUUUUCUGUAAUCAGCAAAAAGCUAAUCUGUAAUACUUCUUGUAAAACAUAUGAUUUGUACUUGAGUAUUUUGACUAGUUGUAACUUACUGAAAUUUCUCUUUACAA